AUGCACCUAGACGCUGAUGAUGUCUCAGAUGGGGGCGUGAAUCUGUCGAUCGUCGUCCAGGCGGGGUUUGGCAGCCGUGGGCGUCUGCAUGCAAGUCGGAGUCUAGUCGAUUGGCUUCUCUCUCUCUCUCGUCACAUCGUCGCUGCCCCCUUUCUCCUGCUUCCUGCUUGUUCCUCGACCUUCAUCCUCCUCUCUACCAAUCCCUCGCUCUCGUCACCUCGUCGUCCUGCAGGUUCGCGCUGGAUAACCGCAUGCUGCUUCAAUCAUGUGACCCUGCUGUCGUCCAGUAUCGCGGCGUGCAGCUCAAAAAAUCGUGCUGGUCUGGUCCAGGUCGCAGUCCGUCAGUCUGAUGAUGAUGAUACCGCUGUCGAUCGAUGCGGGACGCUGGCCAUCUUGUAA